CGCUCUCUUUGUGCACAAUUGAGUAGAGGCGGUAAUAUGUUUCUUUUGGAUGGCUAUUGUGGGACUUGCCUGUAUCACUCAGACAAUUGUAGAAAUGAUCAUUUAAUUAUUUUUUAGCGAUAAAAACAUUCCCUUUCGUGAACAAUAUCGUCUUGUGAGGAGUAUCUCAAUCUAGGUUUUCACAAAACUACGUUAUAUAAGGUAGUUUUGUAAAAGGCAUGUAUUGCUUCGACACAAGUCUUCAGUACGCGCACAGAUUAUCAAACUGGUUUCAGUUUUUCAACUCGCGAAAUCGUUGUAUACAGCAAACUCAGUUUACUGAGAUUUUAUUUUAUAAUCCGUAUAGUUACAUUGGUUUAUGUACUUCGGAGUUACGGGAAGACUUUCGUUCGCUCUGAGAUGAGACUAACGAAAAUACUCAUCGGUCUAUAUGUGGGCUCGUAAUCAAUUGCAUUUGCAUCCCGUUCGCAAAGCAUUAAUACGGUUUGGUGUAGAGUGUGCAGUGGGAUUAUGGAACGGUCUAAUUGACAUACAUGUAUGCUACUCUUUUUGUUCGAGUACAUAUCGACUCACAAAAUGAUAAAACUUCAUAAGUGUUUAACUUGAUUGAUGUUUAACAUAUUUGAAAGUAAUGAAGAUAAUACAACUGAAGAUGGAAGGCUAUUGUAUAACUUUUUCAGCCUACUUUAUAUUUUUGGAGGAGCGGUUCCUUAUAUUCCACAAUAUUUAAAAAUUCGCAAAACACAAUCUAUUAAAGGUUUUUCCUCAUUUGUUUGUUUUAUACUUUUAAUAUCGAAUGUUCUAAGAAUAUUGUUUUGGUUUGUACAGCCAUUUUCAACCGCCUUACUUUUUCAAAGUUUCAUUAUGAUUGCUACUAUGCUUAUUCUACUGAGAGCUAUUACUCAGUUGUCUAGCAUAAAGCGUUCUCCGUCUAUGCCAUGUACAAUCAGUAUUAGGAAAGUAGAGACAGAGACUUGGAAUAUCAAUCAGUUCCAAGAUAUCUGGCUUCGUAAUUUUUGGAAAUGGACACAUUUCUCUAACUAUUUAUUAUUCCUAUGUUUAUUUACACUGAUUUCCGGUCUGUGCACUUACUUAUUGUCAUCGAGUCAAAUUUAUAUUCAAUUAUUGGGCUUUACUGCCUUGUUCAUCGAAUCUAUGUUGGGUUUACCACAAUUUACGAAGAAUUAUUAUAAUAAAUCGAUUGUUGGAAUGAGUAUCUCAAUGGUGUUAAUGUGGACUUCAGGUGAUAUAUUCAAAACAAUUUACUUUAUAUUAGAAAAUGCCCCAUUACAGUUUCUAAUGUGUGGUUUACUACAGAUUGGAUUAGAUUUAGCCAUUCUUCUACAAUGUUUAUUUUAUAGAGGUGAAGGGUUUACGUGAUAUGAAUGUUACAAUUGAUUAAGUCAAUAUGGACAGCGAAGACAGUGGUGUCAGUUUGUAUGUGAUUGUGGAUAGUAAAGUUACUUUUCUUGUUUAUCUGAAAUUUUUAUCAUUUUGUACUUCGGUUGUAGAGAGAUCUUUUCUAUUCCCAUCAAUUUCACGUACUAAUUCUCUUUUUAUUUUGAGAUCUCAUCUAGGUGACAUUGUAUAUUUGUCUAAUUUUUGUGGUUGUUCACUUUUGUAUUUUCUCUGCAAUUCUUAUGUAUUUCAGCUUAAAGUAAACUUGGAGCGAUUACUAUAACCCUCUGAUUAUGUCAUUUUUGUCAGAUUGUUCGGUCUACUAUAUGUGAUAAUGAAGAGUUUAUAAACAGUUAAUAAAUUUAUCACUUUAGGAUCGACAUCCUUCUGUUUCACUGAUUCACUUAGCUCUUCUGUAGUAUACACAUUGAACAGCUGUUUAUUGACAAAGAUCAUUCAUUAAAGUCGACAACUGAUGAGUGUUUCUGAUUAAAUGAAAUCCAUA